ACAAAACGACGCCGCUUGGAAUAAAUAAAUAAGGAACAUUCGAAAAGACGGACUCAUCUUCCAUGGAGAAAACUCGUAGAUGGUCACAAAAUACAGUUCGUCUUCAGUGUCCUCCGUUGAGGUUGAGAGAUUGAGAUUGAGAUUUUAUUGUACGCCUUAUCGGAUUCUUGCAAGUAUCUUGCUUUUUCCCGAGAUUAGCACAUGAGGCAUUCCGUGAAUCGUCCGCCGACACCCGAUGCACGGGAGGAUCAAGAAAAAGAACCCACGCUACAAGAAAUAAUUAACGUCAAGCUGAUUGAGAGUGGGGAGAAGGAACGACUGAUGGAGCUUCUUAGGGAAAGGCUAAUAGACUGUGGUUGGAAGGAUGAAAUGAAAGUGCUUUGCAGGGCAUUUGUGAAGAAGAAAGGGAGGAAUAAUGUCACUGUGGAUGACCUUGUGCAUGUUAUCACACCAAAAGGAAGAGCAUCCAUUCCCGAUUCUGUAAAGGCUGAGUUGUUGCAAAGAAUCCGAACUUUUCUUGUUUCAGCUGCUCUUUGAAACACUGGCACCUUAUUGCCUGUGUGUGGAGUUAACGAGAAUCAUUAUCCAAUUGUUGGAAGAAUUGUUUGAAAGACUUGUCCAUCAGUUCACUUCAAUUGAUUCUUGAAGAAUGAAAGCAUCUGUUUACUGGAAAAGCAACAUCUUCCCGAGGAAAUGGUGUGUUGCUUGUUACAUGCUGAGAAUCUUUCAGCUCUCUAUUGCAGCUGAAUAAAGGUUUGAAGACCCUAUUAUGCGCUUAACAUUUUACACUUCCUCAUCCUCUGUACCUAUUUUGGAUCUCGAAUCUCUUCCUGUUUCAUAAUAUUAUUGGUCAUUGUAUGCUUAAUAACUAGAACAAGUGAGUGCAAAUUUCAGUAUGUUUUGGUCA